AUGAUUCGGACUAUCAAGCCCAAGAACGCCCGGCUGAAGCGGGCUUUGGCCAAAAAGGAAGCCAAGCUUGUCGAGAACGCCAAGCAGGCGUUGUUCGUCCCCGGGGCGUCCUCGAACAAGUUCCUCCACGACGCCAUGGUCGACCUCAUGGCGCUUAAAAAGCCGCUAGCCAAGAAGUUCUCCCGCAAAAACGAAGUGAGACCGUUUGAAGACGCCUCCGAGCUCGAGUUCUUCAGUGAAAAGAACGACUCGUCGCUCAUGGUGUUCUCGUCGCUGAACAAGAAGCGGCCCAACACUUUGACUUUCGCCCGUUUUUUCAACUACAAAGUGUACGACAUGCUUGAGCUUUCGGUGAUCAACCAGCCCAAGUUCAUUGAGGACUUCCGCAAGGCCACUUUCCAAGUGGGGCUCAAGCCGAUGUUCACUUUUAACGGGCCGGCGUUUGAAACCCACCCGGUGUACCAGCAAGUGAAGCUGGUGUUCCUUGACUUCUACCGCGGCGAAGACACCGACCUCCAGGACGUGGCGGGGCUCCAGUACAUCAUCCUGUUGCUGACGGGCGACAUCGAAGACCCCAACGCCGAGGUGAGCCAGUUGCCUCCCGUGCACUUCAGGGUAUACAAACUUAAGACCUACCGCCUGGGACAAAAAGUGCCUCGGGUGGAACUCUCGGAAAUCGGUCCCCGCUUCGAUUUCAAGAUUGGCCGUCGGGUGACUCCCGCUCCCGACGUCGAGAAGGAAGCGCACAAGAAGCCUAAGCAAUUGCAGGCCAAGGAAAAGAAGAACGUGUCCACCGACGCCAUGGGUGACAAGGUGGCGCGUAUCCACGUGGGUAAGCAAGAUCUUUCCAAUUUGCAGACGAGAAAGAUGAAGGGGCUCAAGAGCAAGUACGACCAGGAACUGGACGACGAGGACGACGACGAGGAAGCGUACGGCAACGACGACAUCAGCGACGAUGCCGAACAGCCGCUGGCUAAGAGACAGCGGGUAUAG